GGCUUCGGGCGCCAGGUCCCUCGCUGCCCAAGACUCCUACUCCGAGACGCAGCCCGGGGUCCCCUUCGACCCAGCUCCAGCGAGGGUGCGUCCCGGCCCGCGGGGCGUGUCCCGGGCAGCCCAGCUCCGCCCCAGCCCCGCGGCGCCGCGGCAGCGGACGGGGCAGGGCCGGGCCGGGCCGGGCCGGGUGCCGGGGAGCAGCGGGCACCGCCAUGGGGCUGGAGACGGAGAAGGCGGACACUCGCAUCUUCAUGGACGACGACAACUUCCCGCCGAGCGGCGGCCCCGCGCUGUUGGAGGCUGAGAAGUGCGCGGAGGACGAGCUGGACCGCGACCCCCGCGGGAUGAACGCCCACCUCCAGGUGGGCUUCGAGGAUGUGAUCGCGGAGCCCCAGCUAACCCACUCCUUCGACAAAGUCUGGAUCUGCAGCCACGCUCUCUUUGAGCUCAGCAAGUACCUGAUUUACAAGCUCCUGACCCUGGUCCUUGCCAUACCCAUGGCCCUGAUUCUGGCGCUUGUCUUUGCGGUGCUCAGCUGGCUGCACAUUUGGAUUGUGAUGCCUUUUGUGAAAACCUGUCUCAUGGUCUUGCCUUCAGUGCAGAUUCUAUGGAAGAGCCUCACAGAUGUUUGCAUCCUACCACUGUUUCAGAGCAUCAGCCGAUGCUUUGCCAUGGUUAAUAUACGCCUGGACCAAGAGUAAACGUCAGGGAUGUGACGCUGCUGUAGUAGUAGCUGGUGUUACACCUCUUUGCUAACCUAACAUACAAGCACUUAUCAUUCAUUCCAAACUGUAAAAUUACGAUGGCUGGUUUAAGUGGGAACUUGCUAUUUUUUCUAAAACUCAUCUGUUUUCAGGGAGAACAGUUUAAUAAGUCGGCAGUUUUCACAGCUCACUGUUUUAACAACAGAGUGAACACCAAGUACGUUGGCAACACUUUAUUUUAAUGGUACGUGAAUUGCUAGAUUGCAGAAGAAUUCUCAUGGAGGUUUAACAGCCACUGCAGUGAUAAUGACUGGUGUUACUACUAUAAAUAUUUAAUCAGGCUCUGAUACCUUAGGUGAAACCAAUCUCUAGAGUUUCCCAUUGACUUUACUGGCAGUCCACCAGGGAUCAUUUUUGGCCCUCACUAUGCAGAAUUAUUAACUCAGUCCUUUGCUAUUGGCAGUUAAAAUGAACUGUUGUGUAAUUCUUCUGUAUUGGAGAGGAAAAGCUCUUUGGAAGUUUAUUCCUUAAAAUAAGGUGUUAGCUAAUGAUUUGGAACAUCGGGUAAUGAGCUAAUGGUCUAACGAAAGGUAUCCCUGCCCGUGCAGGGGGGUUGGAACUAGAUGAUCUUUAAGGUCCCUUCUAACCCAAAUCAUUGUAUAAUUCUGUGAUUCUAAUCUGUAUAUUUUAUUUAAUAAGAUAUUAACUUUGAUGUAUAUUUUGUACCUUUGUAAAUGGCACUUGAUCAGUUUUCUUUGAAGCAUUAUUUCUGUAGUAUUUGAAUUCUAACCAACUUACUAGGCAGCAAGAGUGAGACACUGCAAAGAAUGCCUUCAGAAAAUGAAAAUUUCCGUUUCUAAAUUACGUAGAUUUUGAUGUGUUACCGUGCAAUUCCAGUAUAUUAAUUAUAUAUUGUUGCCCAUAAAAGCAAAGAUUACAAGUGUUUUCAUACAAGACUAUUGAAAGAGCUGGAAAUAUCUGUUUAUGAGAAAUGUUUUUUAUUAAAAAUGGGGUGUAUUAAAUGCAACCCUGCCUAUUUCUGUGUAUAAUCUGUGCAAAUAUUGUGAUAUUUUAAAUUAUAAACACUACACUAGCACUUUACCUAGGUAGAAAGCUCUUACAGAAGGCAAAUGAGAGUAACUGGUAUCCUUCCCUAAUUCCCCUCAACUAUUGACUCUCCAUGUUGCUUAUUUGCUACUUUAAAUUUCCACUUUAAAGCCUAACCCAUAAAAAAGUUCUUGCUUCUGCAUCUAAUAUGGCUUUGUAAACCAGAAUAACAGAACAUAUGCAGAGGUACAUUAAAAUUACAUUAGCCUUCUGAUGGGCUUAUGUUCUGCUUUCUUUAAACACAGCUGAAAAGUUGCAAUUGUAAAAUGUUUGUACGAUUUAGAAUGUUAUUUUCUAAAAUUAUUUCACAUAUUUAUCAAACAAGAGAUAGAAUAUAUAUAUAUGAAUAAUAAAAUUUUAGCUUUUUUCUAUUUUCAACUUCAUUUUUUCAGGUUUUUCAACUUUUAAAAAGCUCUAAAUAAACAUAUAUAUGCUGAACAAACAGCAUAGAAUACUAUGCAGUUCUUCCAAAACAUGGGAGAGGUAAAAUAAAUGCUGAUCAUCAAUAUGGUUCCACUGUCAUUAACUGCAUUUAACUUAUUUAUAGUAGAAAAUUAUGUAUCUCUGUGGAUAACUACGCCCAGGCAGAAUUGCUUUCUCUGAAGCAGGUCUUUCUGUGUGGAAUUUUGGCUAUGCUCUUUUUAGGGGCGCAUGCUUUAUUUACAGAUGAGCUGCUGACUUUUCUUGCUUAUUGGCCUGCAGAAGCUAGCUGACACUGUAUAUUCUUUGUACAAUGAGAACACCUUUGUACGUUAAAAAACACUUUUACCAUUUGUGUCAUUUAGAGAGGGAUUCAUAUGGCUUUUCAAAACUGGAUAUUAAUUAUUAGUACCCAUGGAAACUUCUCUUGAGUCUUCUGCAAAAAGUUAGCUCACUGUUCAGAUGUGCUCUUCAAGAUACCUUUGUUAUGUUAAAAACUGAAAGAUCUCUUUUGAAAAUAAUAAAUGGUCACGCUAGACGAA